GUUUUCAUUUUAGCAUCUCACUUUGGCGUCACUUACCAAUAAGCUAUAGCUUACAGUGGAAACGCGUCUGAAAGUGAAAUCCCUCGAAUGCGAAAAUCACAUAUGUGUAAGCUUAAAAUUUCCCCGGUUUAUGUCAUCGCGGGAUUGCCACACUCCCAAAACAAAAUGGAAAUUGUACAAACCUGAAAAUUGCAGCCUCGCCUUUCUACAGUAUGCUAAUUUGAUCAAUGGAGAAAAGAAGAUAAUCUGUAUGGCCUUUUAAAUCUGCUGCAGGCGUCAAAGGAAUAUAUUGUUAAUCUGAACAUCUGACGGCAGAAAGGUAUAGUGCUGUUUUCCCCCACCCACUCCAAAACGGCAACUAAGAGACAAUAAAAAUAAGCAUCAUUUGCUUUAUGUCUGCGCACUUGUGUAGCAAAGGAGUUUGCAACCUGAAGGAGAUGAGAGACGUGCAUUUCUGGGGAGGGGGCGUGGGAGAUUUUACAAAUCGCCAUUAAAGAAUACUUCUACCAUUUCAAAAGCGCUGGUGUAUACACGUUCAGUGAAAUUGUUUUGUGACUGAAUAGAUAUAAAAUGUACCAGCUGAAAACCCCGCCUGUUCACCGAAUUGCAGUAUGCGUGGUCUGAACAGAACGGUUGUAUAAUCAAAAUAUGAAGAUUUUUUUCAUUUGCAUAUUUUGGGGAUCACUUGAGUUGAACUGAAGACAGACUGGGAGCCUCUAAGAUAAAGUUCACCUGUUAGCCUGAACAUGUAAGCAACUAUAAAGCAAUGUCGCAGGAAUGGCUUUGUACACGGACUGCAAAGACUCAGAUGUAUACUCAGAUGUAUCAAAAGUUCCCAGCUACCUGCAUGUGCUGCCGCAGGCAUAUAAUAACAGGUGCACGGUUCUGACAAUGCAUUACAGCAACCAGCUAUCCACCUUUCCCCCCCGCCCUAAACCAGUGCUCUAACUUCGUCUUCCUGUGUAUGUUAUUCGGGGGAAAUAUAUAAUUCAGCAAUCGAAAACAUAAAAACAAAAUGGAGUUUGCCAUGGUAGGUGCAGAAAGUGGUGGGUGCAACAGCCACCUGCCUUACGGAUACGCCCAAGCGCGCGCAAGGGAGCGAGAGCGCGAGAGGGAGAGACAGGCGCACACGCGAGCGGCAGCGGCAGCAGCGGCGGCAGCUGCUGAAGCCGGAUCGGGCGGAGAGGGAGGGGGGUCCUCCUCCAGCUAUCACCACAACAACCACAACCACCAACAGCAUCAGUCUCGCACCGCCUACUCAUCCCAUGCCAACAACAGUAGCGGCACCGCCUCGCGCCCCUCCUCCUCCUUCUCCUCCUCCUCCUCCUCGCAACAGCCGCAGCAGCAGCACCAUCACGAACCACAACAGCAAGCUCUCAGAGGCAGGAAAAAGCAACGGGGUGCGGAGCACCGGAGAAGGAACCGCUCGAUUCUCGGCGGGGACUUGCGCCACUCGGAGUUGGCGCUGCUCGGGUCCGAGGAGGAAAUUAUGAUAGAGGAGGAGGAGGCGGAAGGAGAAGAAGAAGAAGAGGAGGACGGAGGAGGAGGAGGGGGUGGUGAAGAGACAAGAGAAAAGAGAAAAAGUUUUCUCUGUAACAUGGAUGAUGAAGAGGAGACAGUCUCACUCACCGACAGACGUCCCCAACCAGGCUACGAAAAUGUUUACAGUGAGUAUGGGUGCUGUGAGAGAGUUGUGAUCAACGUGUCGGGUCUGAAGUUUGAGACGCAACUGAAGACUCUCACGCAGUUUCCUGACACUCUCUUGGGGGACCCCGAAAAACGAAUCAGGUACUUUGACCCCCUGAGGAACGAGUACUUUUUUGACAGAAAUCGACCAAGCUUCGACGCUAUUCUCUAUUACUACCAAUCUGGUGGGAGGUUAAAGAGGCCUGUCAAUGUACCCUUUGACAUUUUUUCAGAAGAGGUGAAGUUCUACGAGCUUGGAGAAGAUGCCAUGCUGAAGUUUCGGGAAGAUGAGGGCUUUGUAAAGGAGGAAGAGAAACCCUUACCAGAAGACGAGUUCAAACGACAAGUUUGGCUUCUGUUUGAAUAUCCCGAAAGUUCAAGUCCUGCAAGAGGAAUCGCAGUAGUGUCGGUUUUGGUCAUCGUUAUAUCCAUAGUCAUUUUCUGUCUAGAAACUUUGCCGGAAUUCAGGGACGACAAAGAAUUCCUCAGCGCAGGUAACAAUUCAGCAUACUCAGACAAUGGAUUUACACCUUUCAACGACCCGUUUUUCAUUGUCGAAACUGUAUGUAUUAUUUGGUUUUCUUUUGAAAUAAUAGUCCGCUUCUUUGCAAGCCCUAGCAAAGCUGCUUUCUUUAAAAACAUUAUGAAUUCUAUUGACAUUGUAUCCAUCUUGCCUUAUUUCAUUACUCUUGGCACAGAUCUUGCCCAACAGCAAGGCAACGGGCAGCAAGCGAUGACCUUUGCUAUUCUCAGAAUAAUUCGUCUUGUCAGAGUCUUUCGCAUCUUCAAGCUCUCCAGGCACUCGAAAGGUUUGCAAAUCCUCGGACAUACCCUGAGAGCCAGUAUGAGAGAACUGGCGCUGCUGAUUUUCUUCCUUGUGAUUGGCGUUAUUUUGUUCUCAAGUGCUGUGUAUUUUGCUGAAGCAGAUGAGCCCACAUCUCAAUUUACAAGCAUCCCUGACGCUUUUUGGUGGGCAGUCGUUACCAUGACCACGGUCGGAUACGGGGACAUGAAACCAAUUACAGUUGGUGGUAAAAUAGUGGGUUCACUCUGUGCCAUAGCGGGUGUGUUAACUAUUGCUUUACCCGUCCCGGUCAUUGUGUCCAACUUCAACUAUUUUUAUCACAGAGAGACCGACAAUGAAGACCAAACACCAAUUGUGCAGAACACACCUCCCUGCCCUUAUUUCCCCACAAACUUCCUCAAGAAAUUUAGGGGAUCCCCCUCGGCUUCUUCGAUGGGAGAUAAAGCCGAGUACAUGGAAAUGGAAGAAGGGGUGACCGAGUCCCUAUGUGGAGUGGAAAAGCAAAGCCCGAGCAAAGGAAACGGUACAGAAAUAGUCAGAAAGAAUAGCUCCAAUCCCAAAUCGCUUCAAACGGACGUGUGACAACACACUUAUCUGUAUUUAUAGUUAGCCACAUGUUUUGAACUGAGAUGCAAUGUUGAUAUGACUCGAUGGAGAAGUUCUGAGAUAAUGGCUCCCUAAUUACAGUGGAAAAAUUGCAUGACAUGCUGAUAUUCUUUGACAUACCGCCACUGACGUUCAAAAUGUAACAUAAAUACUGUCUUUCUCGGCUAGCUAAAGUGGACCACUCUUUGAUUUGGGCUUCCUUUGGAGAGAGAUUAAACCAUUCAUUAACUCAAAACAGGCAAUGCCGACAUCACGAGCUUUAAUUAGCCAACGUUGUGAGCCAAACAUUCAAAGGGAUUUAUAUGUACGUGCAUUUAAACCAUAGCUAGCUAAAGAUAUUCUUAUACGAAACUAAAAACAAGAGAAAUUGCAAAGGCACUUUAUAAGUUUCUGUAUGACACUUUAAAAUAAUUGAAGGAAAAGGGAGAAAGAUCUUACCGUUUUGCUUUUAUGCAAUAAAGUAACUGUUUGCACUAUUGUACAAUGCACGGUGACAAGCUAUUAUCAAGCACCUGCAAGAAAUCCCUGCUUUAUCAUUUUGUGAUUGUCUAACACUAACACCCAUAUCCUCACAGAGACAUGACGUAUAUUUAAUUAAAUAUGUCGAUCACGUUCAGUCCCUCUAAAAUUUAAGUCCAGUUGGAGAAAUGUAAUUUAAUGCUAAAUUAAUCGAAUUUGCUAUGUCGUAAACGCUGGAAUCACCAACGAAUAUAUAGAAGCAAAUUUGACCUGAAAAGCACAAGGAUCUAGGGUAGGCUGGAAAAAAAUGAAAAAUGUAAAAACUGAAAUCAAAUGUACAUAGCUAUUUAUAAGACAUAUUGACUAAAUACAAAACAGUACGUGAACAAAGGUCUAUAUGGUGUUUCCAAAAACGUCCCAAACAUCGAUUUCUGACAUUGGCAGGUCGAUAAAGCAUCUAAUGAAUAUAAGACAAAGUCCAGUUAUAUGCUUUGAAGGCCUAUCAAUACACAAGUAGUUAUUCUGUGUUCAUAGUCUAUGCGUACCUGGAGCGAUGCCGGGAAAAUGUUUUUAAAACUUGGUUUGGCACUUUUCAUCAGUUCUGUCAGAGGAAGAUCAGCAUCUCUUGGCUCUUACAGCUAAGUGUGUUUUUGUCCCUUUAAAUAUCACAAACGAAUGACUACACAUCCCUUUACGUUGAAACUGAUGGAAAUCCGCAGAAAGUUGUAACUGAAACUUUGAGUACUUGGACUUCUUUUUUCUUUUACUCAAUGGACCUCAAUACAACACCAUCCACGAAAGAACUUUUGGUCUUCCUGGAGAGCACGCGCAUUACCUGGACAGAGGGGUUGUGAACAAAGUACUGUUAAGCACCAGUCCAGAAGAGGGGCCGGUCAUGAAUACGCAUCCCCUGAAAAAAGCAAGUAUUGGCCCUUUUGUGAAAACACACUGCUUGACACAGCAAGGACAGACACUACUGCUGUGAAACCCUGCUCCCGGGCAGAGCGUAGAUCGACACUGUCGUCGUUUAUAUGGGUUCCCUUAACUGAGCAGUGAUUGACGCCACGGUUGGACAUUUUAUUGGAAAUGGACAUAGGAAGGUGUGCAAGUCACGGCCCAGCUGAUUGCCUUAAUAAUAUGAAUAAAAAAUACAGAAAUGAGGUGACAGGACUAGAGACCUAUUGAAGGUAAUGUUAUUUUUUUUUUCUUAAGUGAAGCGGUGUCUCACAAGAAACAGAUGUGAAUAUUUUAAUAUAAUGGGGGAAAAUAGUUGGGGUGUGAUUUUUGUAUUUUGCAUUUUAAUUUUAUUGGCUUUAUCGUUGCAAUCGAUAACCAAACAAAGAAUAACUGUCAGUCUUGCCAGUGAUGUCAUUUUAUCUAUUUAUCUUGUUUUAUUUUGUUAACCAAAUACCACUGUAAAAUACAAGUGGAGCUGCUGGAACAAAGAACUUGUAUGUUACUCUGGGGCAUUUCCCUUUUUAAUCAGCAGUCAUUUCUGCAAUCAUUUAUUUUGGGUAUGCAUAGCCAAACUGCACUUAAAAUUACACAGUCACUCUUACGCUUUUGUACUGUUCAAUGUAGAUUAAGGGGUGUGUGUGUGUGUGGUUGUAUGUGCAUGUCUGUACACUCAUGUCCUAAUACAUAUUUAAAUUUCAAAACUGGGAACUUUGAAGGAACAUGGCAACAUCAACAACAAAUGGGCCAAAUGGGAGCACACACACACCCACAUACACACACAC